CGUGCCAAUUUCGUAAUUUCUCUUAGUAACUGUGUUCUUUUCGUGCCGGUUUCGAUCGUGUUGUUGUGUCAUGUCAGAGCUUGCCAACUCUAGUUACGAGUAUCUUGAACUACAAAUUAUUGAUUUCGCUAUUCAUGUGUCUCGAUACAGGAUAGCUUGCCAAAAACAGGUAUGGACAUGAGUCUCUUGUAUCCCACUGAUUCUGCAAAAAAUAAAAAAAAAUUGAUUAGUACAUAAAUAAAUUUUCUUGACAGUGACUUUGUUAUUGCACAUUUCAAUUUGUGGAUGUGAUUGCAUUUUACAUACAGUUUAUCAGUGUCCAUACAAAUGAAAAAGAACUUGCUGGAAAGUGGUUAGAAUCCUACAGAACACCCCCUUACAAUCCUCUCGAAUAUUCUCCUGCUCAUUACAUAAAAGUAACUUGCUCCUUCAACCUCACAUAACUCAAAAUCACUCGAUCUUCGCUUCACUCCAUGGCUGCAACAACAUCCUCCCUUGCAAUCCACAUCCCCAAGUAUCACUUCAUCAUCAGCUCAUCAUGUUCAAAACCCGGUUCGCUACCUGUUUCCCGGUCAUUAAAACCGUCUAACAACCCUGAUAAAUCAUUGUCUUUUGCUAAAAAUUUGGCAGUUGCUAGUACUGUCUUUUCACCCCUUGCUACUUCCCCUUUAGCCUUAGCAGCAAAGCAAAUAGUCGAGUCGCCUCAGGAAGAUAACCGAGGCCUUAUCCUUCUGGUGCCUGUUGCAGCUGCUGUAGGGUGGGUGCUCUUCAACAUCCUGGGGCCUGCAUUGAACCAGAUCAACAGAAUGAGAAGCGAGAAAAUGACAAUAGUUGGACUCGGACUUGGCGGGUUAUUAGCUGCUGCAUCAAGUGCUGUUAUUGUGCCUAGUGCUUCGGCUGCAAGCGAAGUUGCUGAAAGUGAGGGUGCUUCAGGGGGUGGUAGUCAAGGUCUGCUUGCGUUGAUCGUCGCUGGUGCUGUGGCUUUAGAGGUGGUGAUGUUGAAUAGCAUGCAAUCAAAGUAUGAGGAAAAGGGUGGUGCUAGUGAUUAAUUAAUUAAACUUUUGAUAGGAUUAGUGUAUAUGUAUGUAUAUCAAAAUGUAGCAAAAAAAAGAAUUCCCUUGACUGAAAUUACAUGGAGUAUAUUCAUAUCAUCAUAAUAAUAAA